AUUUUUUUCCAAAAACCAAUUUGCAAUCAUUUAGUUGUAGUGGCAGUUUUUCUUCUGCCUGACAUCACUCAUCCGCAGGAGUCAGUUGAUGACUUCGAAAUCCCAGUGGAAAUAACGACAGUACGCGAAAGCAAGGAUAUCUUGGGACCUGUUCAACUGAAGCGUAUAGAAGGAAGGACUCGCCAGGUCCGAAGACUAAAUACUGAUGAAAAGAACCUUACAGGCAAUAUGGUUGAAAACUAUUGCUGCUUCUGGAUAUAUCAAGCUCAUCCACCGAUUCCCUUCACCUGGAAACAUAUGGCUGAAUAUCCUUUCGACUUUCAAUUCAACGGCGAAUUCGUGAAGAAUCAACGCCAUAAUGCAGUUGAGGUACCUGUGCCUAAAGGUGAAGGCCAGAACUUGAAAAAGCUAUUAACUAAAUUAAAUUAAUUUUUCAAAAAUAUUCUUAAGCCUUUUCUAUAAUUACAUUAGCAAGUAUAUCUAGCUACAUACAUAUAUAUGCCAACAAUCGAUUGUGUGCACUGUGGCGAUGCAUUUAAUUGGCCCUUCGGCACUUGACAGCUUAACUGAGGACUAGAAUUAUAAUUAACUUUGUCUGGGCAGGAAAACCUGACGACGGGGCCAAAGUUGCCUCAAAAGUUAAGAAAUUUGUUUGGCGA